GAUAUGUAACUUCCGAUGCAUGCUGUUAACCUAAGGUAACAUGGCGGGGCCGUGGUGGAGGCAAUGCCCGAGGUUGACUGCGGGCUGCACGGCCACGAAUAUAUUAGAAAAUUUGUGGCACUUGAAGGGCAGGCCUGUGUCUUCCUCCGCCUCUGCAUCCCUGUUGAGCCGGGCUUCCUGCAUCUCCACGCCGGAAACCAGGCCACCAACAGCUGCACAGAUAAACAUGAAAGCAGGAAACCUUCUAAUCAGACACCAGUCACGGUUGCUGCUUCCAACACUACAGUCUUGCUGUUGCAGAGCGACACACAGUGACACAAAGCCCAAGGACCCCUUCACGUUAGCCCAGAAAGACUUGACGAGUUUAUAUGACGACAUCAAAAAAGAGCUGCUUGUGUCCAAAGUAGAGCUGAAAUCUCUCUGUGAAUACUAUUUCGAUGGCAAGGGGAAGGCCAUCCGACCAAUGAUAGUGGUACUGAUGGCUCGCGCCCUUAACAUCCACAGCAACAGAGCCGGAGAUUUGCUCCCAGGGCAGAGGGCCAUCGCCAUGAUCUCUGAAAUGAUUCACACUGCCAGCCUGGUGCAUGAUGAUGUCAUAGAUGGAUCGGAUAAGCGAAGAGGGAAGAGAACAAUUAAUGAAGUGUGGGGUGAAAAAAAGGCUAUCUUAGCCGGAGAUUUCAUCCUCUCGGCUGCCUCAAUGGCCUUGGCUCGUAUCGGUGACAUCACAGUGGUGAAAGUUUUAUCUCAGGUCAUAGAGGACCUGGUGCGAGGUGAAUUCAUGCAGUUGGGUUCCAAGGAGAACGAGAACGAGCGAUUCAAACACUACCUCGAGAAGACCUUCAAGAAGACAGCGAGUCUUAUUGCAAACAGUUGUAAAGCAGUUUCCAUUCUGGUAAACUCUGAUCCUGAAGUGCAUGAAAUAGCGUACCAGUAUGGGAAGAAUGUUGGCAUUGCAUUUCAGUUGGUGGAUGAUGUUUUGGACUUCACAUCUGGAGCCAGUCAGCUGGGGAAGCCCACAGCGGCCGAUUUGAAAUUGGGUUUGGCUACUGGUCCGGUCCUGUUUGCUUGUCAGCAGUUUCCCGAGCUUCAUGCAAUGAUCAUGAGACGUUUCGCCUCCAAAGGAGACGUAGAUCGAGCCUGGCAGUACGUCCUUCAGAGCAAUGGUGUGCAGCAGACCAACUACCUGGCCCAGCACUACUGCAAAGAAGCAAUCAGGCAGAUCAGUAGGCUCAGGCCAUCCCCAGAGAGAGACGCCCUCAUCAGGCUCACAGAGAUGGUGCUAACCAGAGACAAAUGA